GUACGCUUUGAAACCCUAACCCUACUCUCUCUUUCUUUGUUUUUUUGUUUUCCGUGUUUUAGAUCUGUGUUCCCACCGCUCAGAAUCUAGAUGGAUCGGUACCAGAGAGUGGAGAAGCCGAGGCCUGAAACUCCGAUCAACGAGAAUGAGAUUCGCAUUACUGCUCAGGGCCGUAUGAGGAACUACAUUACUUAUGCUACCACUCUCCUUCAGGAUAAAGGAUCUGAUGAAAUUGCUCUCAAAGCCAUGGGCAGAGCAAUCAACAAAACUGUGAUGAUUGCUGAACUAAUUAAGAGAAGGAUUGCUGGUCUCCAUCAGAACACAUUGAUUGGUUCUACUGAUAUAACUGAUAUGUGGGAGCCACUAGAAGAAGGCCUUCUUCCUCUAGAAACCACUCGCCAUGUUUCAGUGAUAGCCAUCACUUUGUCCAAAAAGGAGCUGGAUAUAUCCUCCACAGGGUACCAACCACCAAUUCCAGCUGAUCAAGUGAGACCGUGGACUGAAUAUGAUUAUGAAGGAGAGGGCUCUCCUGCGAUGAGGGGCAGAGGUCGUAGUGGCCGAGGAAGGGGUAGAGGUAGAGGGAAUAAUAACAAUGGGAUGGUAGAAUACAAUGGUGAUGGUGGCUGGGAUGGUGUGCGCGGGGGGUAUGGUGGCAGAGCUCGAGGCCGUGGAAGAGGCCGUGGUUAUCGUGGGCGUGGAAGAGGCUAUGGUGGUGGAGAUAUGCAACAAGAAAUGGGCGGAUACAAUGACUAUGGAUCAGGGGCAGUGCCUGCUCAAGGCCGUGGGCGUGGACGAUGGCGAGGCAGGGGGAGGGGCCGUGGACCUGGUCGGGAUAUCAAAUCAGAUGGCCCAGUCCAGGCAGCUGCCUGAACCCCAUAGGUUUACAUUGCAGAUAGUUGUGGAUGCCUGCUCUGCUGAUUAUGUGGUGGUAUCUUUAGCUGGGGAGUGUUGGUUUCAGUGAUGAAUGUUUAGGCGUAUCAGUUAUAGUGGGCUGCUGCCGCCAUGUGGCAGCUGUGUUUUUGUAGGUUCAUACUAGGUUUUAUUUUAAUUUAUUGCUGACAAGAACUCAAAACGUUGUACACCUUCCAUCUUUUUAGGGAAUAAUAGAGCAGUACAUUCUUUCAUUCUUAAUCCUAGCAUUUGUCUCUUUGUUGUUUUCUGA